UUUGUUUGCUUGCUUGCUUGGUUGGUUUUAUUUUGCUAUUUUACCAGCCAAUUGCCUUCUAAAGCGUCAAAUAUGAGUCAUUGUAAGCAUUUCCUUCAGGGCAGAAAGGGUAGUUUGCAUAUACAUGUACACAGAGGAAAAAAGCAGUUCCUAAAAUGUUUUGAGUGUUUCUUUUUUUUUCAGUCACUUCAGAGACAGGACUGAUGGUUCUCGCUCCCUGACACACCAAAAUAACUGUUUUGCUGGGAAUGCCUCCACUCCUGAUUAAUAGCAGUUCACAUGAACAGGCUGCUGUACAUUAUGCACCAGAAACCAUUGGCUCCCUUGCUAUCUUCAUCCUCGUUUUCAUCAUAGGUAUUCCAGGCAAUGGGUUGGUUAUCUGGGUUGCUGGUCUGAAAAUGAAAAGGUCUGUGAACAUUGUCUGGUUCCUAAACCUUGCUGUGGCUGACUUCGUGUGCUGCUUAUCUUUGCCAUUCUACAUUGUUCACUUGUUCCUCCACGAACACUGGCCAUAUGGUUGGUUCCUCUGCAAAAUCAUUCCAUCGAUCAUAAUCUUCACCAUGUUUGCUAGUGUUUUUCUGCUCAUGGCAAUCAGCAUUGACCGGUGCCUCCUUGUGAUGAAACCUGUCUGGUGUCAAAAUCAUCGAACGGUGAAAUUUGUAUCACUAGUAUGCAGUGGCAUAUGGAUCCUGGCCCUCAUUUUCUGUUGUCCUGUCUUUCACUACCGUGAGAUCGUCAACAAAGAUGGCAAAACUGAGUGUGGGUACAAUUUUGGAGAUAAUGAAAUGCUAGAUUAUAUGGAUGACAUUGAUCCUAUAACUAAGUUAUUGGAAGAAAACUCACCUUUAGUACCGACUAUCAUGUAUGCUAGCACCAUCUUCACUCAUCAGCCUGCUGACAAUUAUCCAGAUUUCCAGGCAAAGAGUAUAACCACCAACAAAGACGCAACCACAGCAGCUCACCUUUUUUAUGCCUCUGUAGAUAUGCACUCCCUAUUAACUUCCACUGCCUAUCCUGACAUCAGGCUAUUGGAAUCUGGUAGUGAUCUACCUAAUACUAACUUGUCUGUACCAUCCGAUGCUGACCUCCAUUUAAAUCUACUUCACCUUCCUGAUGUUUUGCUUGAUUUUGACAGUGACUACAGUGGUAAUGACUCACUGGGAAAUUUUGAUGUGGAUCAUUAUCCUGUACCCUUCGCCUUAAUGAUAAUAACUAGGGCUGUCUUCGGCUUCAUGCUCCCCUUUGUCGUAAUGACAGUUUGCUAUGCUCUUAUUGCUUUCAGAAUGCGUGCAAGUCAGUUUCAUAAGCCACAAGGCAAGAUGCUGCGAACAAUCACGCUUGUGGUAGCUGCAUUCUUCAUCUGUUGGGUUCCAUUCCAUGUAGUUGGGAUUCUGUUCCUUGUAGCUACUCCUGGAACAGGACUGAAGUUACUGAUCCUCUGGGAUCACAUCUCUACAGCACUUGCAUAUGGUAACAGCUGCAUAAACCCUCUGCUCUAUGUUUUUGUGGGUCGGGACUUCAGGGCAAAGGCACAGCAAACAGUGCAAGGAGUGCUGGAAGGAGCCUUUACUGAUGAACCAACACACUCAACCCCUUUCUCCUUUGCCAAAAGCAAGACUUCAACGGACAAGGAUGUUAGCAGCACAGUCUAAUGCAGGACUUCACCAAUGCAGAAAGAAAGAGCUCUGUACAUCAAUUCUCUGCUUUUUUUUUUUUUGCUCCAACACAUCUGAUCAAUCAACACACCUGCACACAGGGCACUGAGAUGGUUCAGAUCGCAUCAGCAAAUGCCCUUUACGUCUUGCGAUAAAGAGAGUGGAAACUGGAAAUAUCAAGAGUAAUAAUCUUUGACAGAUUACUCUGGUGAAACAGGAGACCCAGAGUACUUUAAAGUUUAAAGCAGGCUUGGUGAACGAUUUGUGGUGUGAUCAUGUAGUUUAACUUCUGAAUUGCUAGAUAAGGAACUUAUCAGUUAUUUGCAUAUGUCUACUAUAGAUGUUCUGCAUCUCCUGUCUCUGAUAAAAUGCAGAUGAAAUCAA